UAACAGGGUUGAUUUCGAGCAGUCGCACAAACACGCUGCCCGAGUUAUCGAAACCACGCACAUCACUAGACCACUAGCUUCGCGUGUUUUUUUCGAUGGCUGUGAGGGCAAAAAAUAUUGCAAAAGAACGGCUUUUUACACGUAAUUCGAGCGUUUUUCCAAGCAAACUAAUGCAAUAUACGAGCCAGACACUAACCGCCACAUUUUGUCGAUAAAAUGCGUUGGAACAGUGCGCGAAUGGAGUGAGCAGAAGAAAAAAUGCGAAGCGUGGACGGCUGCGUGCAAAAAGACGAAAAUUUUAUACCCCGAAAUCGAGACGCGCAGAAGGGCGAAAAGACAAAAAUUUCCUUCUGACCGUCACUGAAGAUUGGGGAUUAGUUAUUGCUAGCAAUUGUGAAAUUGCAUAACCCCGUUCCUCGAUUUCUGUGUUAUUAAACAAACAAAUAGAAUCUGAAACUGAGCAUUAAUUGUAUAAGCAGAAGCAAAAGGCGGCGGAGCAAGGAGCUCUCGCGGCAACACCCGGGGCAGGGGGUUCGGUUCCGUUCUUGUUCAGUCUCUGUCGAGACCGAGGCAAAAUCCGCAAAUCUCUCGGCCUCUUGGUUCAGUUGUGCAGCGAACUUCCGUGACGUCGGUUGUUGUUUUUUCUGUUUUCGGUUUCGGUUCUGUAUUUUGCGGUUUGCGCGCGUAAAAUUCGCCUCUCCUGGUGCCGUCUGCCCGUCUCCGCAGAAACACCUCCGGGGGAAAAAUUCUACCUACGAGAAGUACAGCAACAACAACAGAGCGCAAAAAAAAAAAAAAAAGAGCAGGAAAAACCAUUGUAAGGAGAACGAAUCAGGAGGAGAGCAGCUUCGCCCCGAGAACGACAACAACGAAAGUGAGUGGGGAAACCGGAACGGAAGAAUCACAGCAAACGGCAUGCAAAGCGUGUAAAUGCAUAAAAGAUGAUGGAGGCAUUGGAUAAGAAACAAACCAAGCCGACGUCUAACCAGGAUGCUGAUGAAGCGGGAGAAGGUAGUGGCUCGGGUAAUGCUCGGGGAGCAGCGGCGGGAGGUGCUGUUGUCGGCGAGGAGGACGAGAUUGAAGACCCUCAUCAUACGCUGGGCGUGGAGAAGGAGGCGGACGAGAAACUGCUGCCGGCACAAGAGCAGAAGCAGGAGCCGGAGACUCGGAGCACCCAUGACGUGAUAGACUUGACUCUGGCAAAUGGCCAGGACAGCAGUGAUGGGCAAGAGAGGGCGUCGGAAGACGGCGAGGCUUUUGAAGAUGCCGGGGAAUACCCUGUGGAUAAUGUUGAAGGCGAGAAGCUGGAUGAAGAUGACCAGGAGAAGAAUGAGGAUGUCCAGGAGAAGGAUGACGACGUCCAGCAGAAGCAGGCCCUAGACAUCCAGAAGCAGGAUGAAGAUGUCCAGCAGCAGCAUGAGGAUGUCCAGCAGCAGGAUGAAGAUGUCCAGCAGCAGCAUGAGGAUGUCCAGCAGAAGCAUGAAAAAGUCCAGCAGCAGGAUGAGGAUGUCCAGCAGCAUGAUGAAGAUAUCGAAGGAAACAGCCAAAUUCUCGCGGAAGAGAAGGACCUAUUAUCGAAGGCUAAAGUAGAGUCUGAGUUGGAUGAAAAGAUGGAUUCUCCAGGAGAUCAUCAAAUGGAGUUCCUAUCUGACUCGGAAGAUAACCAGAAACUCGAUCCUCAAGAGGCCAAAGUUGAGGCCGAGGCGCAGCCUAAAGAAGAACUUGAAGAGGCGCAAAAGGAGGUGUCUCAUCCCUUGAAUGUGGAGUCUGACAGCGAGGAUGAGCAUGAGGUUACGCCACCUACCAUCGAUCUCGACUCUGACAGUGCGGAAGAAGACUUUCAUUCUAUAGAUGACAACAAAAGUCCUGCGGUGCCCAGUGAAGGGGAAAACGAAGAAGCAGAGGCACCAAAAGAUGCACCAGUUGAGGCGUCGUCCCCGUCCCCCACGGAUGCCCUCGUGCCCGAAAGGGAAGCAACGCCGUCACCCACUCUGGAAUCUCCCCAAGAAGACUCUGGUGAAGAGGACUCUCCGGCGCUGACAAUGGACGUGGAUAUUCCCAGCAGCGAUGAGAAGGAUUCCCCUCCUGAAGUUCAGCCGGAAAUCAAGGCCGAAAUGAAAGUUGAAGCACCAAGUGAGACCUUCAAAGAUUCCCCGUCGCCCAUUAAACUGAACGGAGCUCAUCAGGAAGCCAAGGAAGAGGACCAGAAAUCAGAGGCGAAGGAGAGACGGGACAAGGACGAGAUGGAGAAGCCUCAGGAGCAGGAAGCCCUCAUUGAAGAGCCAGGCCAAGAGCCAGAAUUGUCUGUGAUAUCAAACCACUCUGAAGAGACUCAUAGCGUUGAGGCCAGACCAUCGACCAGACCAGCAGUAGCAGUAGAAGAUGCUCACGUGGAACCUACCGCAGGCCUUCCUUUGAUCCUGCCGACUCGUCGGAGCCGCAGCCGUAGUACCAGCAGCGGCAGCAGCACGGUUAGUUCCGCCUCGCAGCCCCAGCUGGUCAUCGAUCAUCCCGACAGCGAGCAGAAUAACAGGGCGCAGUCACUGAAGUUGCCCUUGAAGCGCCGGCGCAGCAAAAGUUCCACUGCCAGCCAGCCCGAGAAGCAGAUGAAGUUGGACGACAGUGGCCCUUCCUCGUCUUCUCUCCUCCUGCAGCGCCUGCAAGCACCGCCGCCACCAACAGCCGCGGCUAAUGGGCCGCUGAGCUGCGCCAAGUGCGGUCUGCAAUUCGAUUACGAGAGCUUCCAGCAGCUGAACGAGCACCAGGCGCAGUGCAGUGGCGGGAAGAGUGCAAGCUCCAGUGGCACUACAUCGUCGCGCGUCAAGAAGGAGCGCUUCUUCCGCUGCGCCCAGUGCUCCAGUGUCCACCAGUGCUGGAACUUCUUCCUUCACAUGCGCGAGGUGCAUCAACGUUACAUCUGCCUGUACUGUUCGCAUGUGUAUCCCAGCGUGGAGAAGCUGUCGUUGCAUCUGGAGAACAAGCAUGACAUCGACCAGAGCCACUUCGCGAAGGAGGCGUGGGCUGUCCAGCAGCGGCAAGAGGAUCGGCUUAGGCAUUUGAUCUGCUGCACCUGCCAGGCUACCUUCGCUCAGGGUUCCGAGUUCGAGGAACACGACUGCUCCCAACUGAUGCAGCCGUGUGCGCUGUGCGGCGAGCGAGGUGGCCAUGUGCUGGGCUGCAGGAACAGCAAGCGGAAGCCGAUCAGGAAGAAGAGAAAGACGCGCAAGCUGCCGGAUCCGGUUAUUCCGCCACAGCAAGUCCAGCCCCCGCCUCAGGUACUUCUCCCGCCGCAGGUACAUGCCCAGGCGCCGCAGUAUAUACCUCUUGAAGCACAUCCGGCGCAGGAACAGCCACAGGCACCGUUCCCACUACAACAGUCUUCUCAGGACAUGUAUCCGGUUGAGAACAUUCCAGCUCCCGAGCCUAUCGAGGAUCCCCCGGCGCCGCCCAUCCCCAAGCUGGUGGUGCCCAAGAUCAUGUUGCGGGUGCCCAAGGAAUUCCAGAAGUCGGUGGAUGCUGCUCUGAGCAGCACGGACACCGAGGAGGAGGAGAUCGACACGACGCAACCGUCGGAGGAAGCGGCGCCAGUGCCUUUAGAGGAUGUGGCACCAUCCCCUCCCGCAGCAGCUCCGCCAACCAACAGUCUGGAUGAGUCGCCGUCGGCCAAGCUGAGUAGGGUUCUCGCCGAGUUGGAGCGCACCAAGCUGGACAUUGAGCGCACCAAGGCGGACAUGAUUCACAAGAAGCAAGCCAAGGUGAUUCCGGCCCAGGAAGAAGUGCCAGAUGUGGAGCCACAGGUGGCGGAUCCUCCUCUUCAGCUACAGCAGCAGCCGCAGCCGGAAGAGCAGCGCCGCUGGUCGCUGACACCACCCGCAUCUCCGCACAACAAUACCAAUCACAUCAAUCUGCCGGAACAGCCUCCAGCUCCCGUCAUCACCGAGUUCCAGGAUCGAGCCGAUGCAGUGCGUCGCAACAGCUUGGGCAGCGACUGUAUGGACAUGGACGACAGCAUCAAUGGACCCGAAACAGACGACAGAAGAGAUCAUCCAGUGGAAGCAUCGGUUGCCGCUCCCCAAUCCUAUGAGGAACCUGAAAUCCUGGAAGUAACCGAACCGCCGCCGCCUCCUCCGCCUGCUGAUGGCAUUAUAGUGGCCGGACCAGACACACAGACCAUGGACCUGCAACUAGACCGCGCACUGGACAGAAUCUCAAUGGUGGACUUUGUGCGUCUCUGUCUGCGAACAGUUUAUGCGACGUGCCUCUACUGCAACCAUGCGAGGAGGAUUGCAGUGAAUGGAAAGCAGUUGGUUCUGCACCUGAUUCGCCAGCACAGAUUCACAGCCACCGUUGACAGCAUUACAGCGGAGGAGCUGCACGCGGAGACUAUUGUGGCGCGCCUCAAGAGCUUCCUGCCCCAACUCGAACAGGAGUACUUGAACUCGGCCAGCUACUGCAGCAUGGAGGACGGAAAGUACGUGGAACCGUUCAACGAGCGCAUCUACGAGUGCUUCUCCUGUCGCUUCGUCACCUCGACCCACAAGGAGCUCUACACCCACAACCGGCGUCUGCACAUCAAGUCCAACAUCACCUGUAUGAUGUGCCAGACGAACUUCUACAGCUACAGCGAGAUCCUGUGCCACAUUUGUCCCGGCGAGGCGGCGGGUAGUAUCUACGACCUCAACUUCCGUUGCUGUUUGUGCGAUGUGGCCCCCUUACCGUCGGCGUUCCGCCUGAUGGUCCACCUGAGGAAGCAGCACCAGGCUUGCGACAUUUGUCUGGAGGACUGCCAGAACCAGACGAAGCUGUCGGCCCAUGUCUGGAAGCACAAGCUGCUGCAUCUGUGCUAUCGGUGUGGGAUCGCGUACCGCAACAAGCAGGACAUAUCGAAGCAUCUGUUCUGGAAGCAUGGAACGGAGAGUGCCAGCUGCAAGCGAUGCCUCCAGAAGCGUUGGCGACACGUCUACCACUUCUGUGUGCCGCCCGCCCAGUUCUCGUGCGAGCAGUGUGGCUUCAACUUUAGUAAGGCCAUCUACUUGGAGGUCCAUCAAAGGAUGCACACUGGCGACUUCCGGUACGCCUGUGCCGAGGAGGGUUGCGAGGAGAAGUUCGUGUCGCGAAAGCUACUGCUGAAGCAUGCCAGCAGCCAUGUGGUCAAGGAGAUUCCGGAGGAGGCCAUCGAAGAGCCGAAUGACAGUGCCGCUCUAAAGAGCGAGGACGUUAAGAAGGAGGAGGGAGAGGACGCUGAAGCACCGUCCCGACAGCCGGACGAGAAAAAGGCGCCUGGAGAUUCUGCCGCAGGGAAGGAAGAGCCUGGGGACACCAAAGACGCAAAAGCUGGCAAGGAUUUGGUGCCAAGCAAAUCGGAGAACCGGAAGAAGCGUAAGAAGGCCAAACGCAAUAAGGAAUCCCUCGAGGACCUGAACCUUAUUGCGCCCAAUCUCUCAGAGUCGGAUAGCAGUGACGACAGCGACUCGGACGCUCCGAGGAGCAGCCAUCAGGAGGUGCCGGCUCUGCCCAUGCGAUCCUCUGUAGAUGAUCUGGACAUGCCAAAGGUAAUGCUGUCGCCGUCGUCUGAGAGCGAUGGUGACGAGACCGCAGACUGCAAGCCCAAGGUCGAGGAGAAAGCUUCGGAGAAAGCCCCAGACGAUGCCAAGGAUCCAGUCGAGAAGGAGGAUACCUCCGCCAACGCCGAUUCGGAGACUAAGAAGGAGGAGGGCGACGAGCAGGUCGAUGUCUCCAUUUGGAAGAACCUAUUGCAGAACCAACCGGUCGGCACUGAAGGCCAACUGUCGGUCAAGCAGGAGGAAGACCUGGAAGUCGAGAUGGCCAACAAACCACCAGCCAAGCUGCAUGUGGCAUGGUCCGACCACGACUACUGCAAGCUGCACCGCACACCUCCACCGUCGCCCGCCAAGAAACCGGCCACUCCCAAGUCCGCCAAGAAGGGUGCCGGACGGCAUAAUGCCUCUAGCGACAGCGACAGUUCCAGCAGCUCCAGCUCCUCGGACUCGGAUUCGUCGAGCUGCUCCUGCGGGUCGAACUGCAGCUGCAGCUCCAGCAACAGCAGCAGUUCCAGCGACGAUUCGGACGACUCUGCCAGCUCCACAGCAGCAGGAUCUCCGCAGAAGCGGCAGCGCAAAAAGUCGCUCCGCCAGAAGAAGAAUUCGGAGUCAACGGCCCGAGGAGAGCCCAACGAUCGCGACAAGGAUCCGGAGAACGUCAAUAUUUCGGUCGCGAACGAGGAGAAUCUGGCAGCUCCGCCGUCGCCAAAGCCGCCCAUGUACAAUGAGUCAGACUUCGACACCAAUGUUUCGGAUACGGACGAGGAGUUCUACGAUUCUCAUCCCCAGAAACUGGCCAACGAGCUGCUGGCCCAGAAGCGCGAGGCCCUCCUGGCGGAGCACGCCCCCCUGGGGCCGAGCAACAACUACGACAUUGUGGAGAACAGUCGUCCGUCGACGCCCUCGCUGCCGGAGGAGGCGGCCGCCUUCGCCGACAAGCGAGAACGUGUGCGGAACAAGAAGAAGAAGCGAGAACGAAAGUCCACCUGCAAGUCCGGCAAGAUGCCGCCUGCUAUGGCCAGCGAUCAUCAUCUGGGUAUGCCGGGAGUGGUGCCCCUGCCCGUGGAGCCGUCCCCAGUCUUUCCAGUUUCAACCGAUUCAUCCCUUUUCCCAGUGACCCCGCUCACCCACCGCCAUCUCCAGCCCUCGCUGACCCGCAUGAGCGAGGGCAGCAGCUCCGAUGCCGACGGCCAAUUGAAGCGAUCGAAGCGCCAGCGCAGGCCCAACAAGUUCUACGGCUACACGAGCGACGAUGAGAACAUGAGCACCAUUUUGGCGCCGCCUCUGCAGGUGGGAAUGCAGCUGAUCAAGCCGCAGCCGCCGCCACAGCUGACCUGGGCCAAGGAGGACCUGCCCACGCCGCCGAAGCAGCGCAGCAGGAACAACAACCAUCAUCAUCACUCGCACAGCAACGGAGGAACACCGCUGGCGGGCUCCUCGUCGAGGAAGCGCAGUAAGCAGCGAUCCCUUUUGGGAGCCGGCAGCAGCUCCAGGUCCGCCAAGCGUCACAAGCCCGACCGUGAGGAGCACCACGGUCUGCCACCCAUUCCAACCCUCAAGAUUCGACCCAGUUUGCUGCCCAGCAGUGCUCCCCAAUCCGAUAGCAGUGACAGCAGCUCGGAUGACGAGGAUGUGGAGGUGAAUGUGACCAGCCUGGUGGAUUCCCCGCAUCCAGCAACGCCUCUAGCGGCGCUGCCGCCACCACCUCCCGUCUUGGCGCCACCGCCCGUGGUAGCACCAGUACCUAUGCCGCCAACGCCGGCCACCACGGCCUUCAACCAGCCCAUUCCGCCCGCUCUGCUCCCCAAUCCCGGCUUCGCCACGCUGCAGUAUUUCAAGGCCAACAACAUCCGGUACCCGAUCCGGCCACCGGCAGGAGCUCGUCUGGCUCGGGAGGGGGAAUGUGUCUACUGUUACUGCCGUUGCCCCUACGACGAGGUGUCCGAGAUGAUCGCCUGCGACGGGGACAACUGUCAGAUCGAGUGGUUCCACUUCGAGUGCGUGGGCAUCAUGGUGGCGCCGCAGGGCAAGUGGUUCUGUGCCGAGUGCCGGCCCAAGUACUCGGACGGUGCCAAGCCCCAAUAAAGUGGAUAACAGGAUGCAUCUUUCCAAUCACAAAAUAUAAACUUUAACCCGAAACCCCACUACAGAAUGGAUUACGCUUAUUAAUUGAUAAAACCAACAAAAAAAAUAGAAAAUAAAACUAUUAAACAGAUAUCAAUAUCAAACAUAAAAUUAUAAAAACAGAAAACAAAAAAAAAGAAAUCUUAAGUAACAUAUUGUAUAGAACUUGGAGGGCACUCCUCCGAGACUACUCCCCAUGCUCAAAGAGACUCUCCGAGGAGAGGUCUUCAGCUAAGCUACUGCAUCGAUAGCUUAUAUAAUAUAAUACCAUAUAUAUAAAUAUAUAUUUCUGUAUACCCUAAUAUUGUAUGUAAAUACCAGGAGCUGCAUAGUUCGCGUAUGCAGUUUUGUAAAAUAGUUAGGAUACGUGAGAGAGGAGUUGGUUGAUAGGUGGGUCCCAUCAACAAACAAAACUAGGCAUUGGGCUUAGCAGUCCCUCAAGUAUAGAUUAUAACUAAAUCUAUGUAUAGAUGUAUCUAAACCUAAACGUGUAAUGACUAUUGAUAAAGAACCAUGUCUAUGAUUGGCUGCAGAUCGAGCUGCAAUCAGUUGUGAGAGGAAUAAAAGUGCAGAAAACGAAACCUUGAGAUGUAAAAACUAA